AUGACAAAUAUUAAGUCUCAUGCAUACACCACAAAGUUAAAGGCGUUGAAUGAAGCUUGUUUCAAGCUGGUGAACAAUGCAAGUAAUUUGCCAUCCUCAAAUGAUAUAACUAGCUUGUUGAAAUUUUUUCAAAACAGCCUAUACAACAUACUCAAGGAUAUACAUGUCCUCUCCAUUGAGCGUUUUAUGAAUAGGAUCAAUGAUCAGGAGUGGAGGUCCAAACAUUUACCUCAACUUGACUACGGAACACUUUAUUUGUGCCUUUUAACAAUUUCAGAGCAAAUUCAAAAGCUUACUAACCAGAGCGCUGUUUGUGAACACUUACUACGUACAAUUCAAAGUCUCUUAUUUUGUUUGGAUUAUGACUGUUUAGAAGGUGUACCGUUAGCCAUCACAUGGAUGUUACUUUAUUUUCCAUCAAAUAUGCAGUCCGGCGUUAUCGAUCUACUAUGUUCAGUGGUGAUACCAUUGAUUUAUACUUGAACCGAACGCGGUAAUCUACUUUCGACCUGCAUAAUGAUUGAAUUUUAUCUCUCUUAUACAUAAAAUGUGACUAUAAAGCAGGAAAAAGUUUAAAUAUACCCUCGGUCUUUGAACGGAUACUGAUAAUGUGGAGAGACAAGAGGAUCGAACAGUAAAGAAUGGAAACAGAAUGCCAUUUGUAUGAAAAUGCAAGAACAAUGAAUUCUGAGCCAUUUUGAGACAAU